UCUUACAAAAUUUCUUCUUUUUUUCCCCCUAGACUUGAACUAAGUGAAAAUGUCCUCAUCUCUCCAUGGAAAGGAAAAUUAUUUAUUCAAGGCUGUCUGCUGUGUGAAAUAACUCUUUGGUCCUCUUAUGGUACAGUGGUUCCAACACAACUACCACGUGAACUGGAUUUUAAGUAUGUAAUGAAAGUGUCAUCUUUGAAAAAAAGACUACCAGAAGCUGCCUUUAGAAAACAGAAUUAUUUGGAGCAGCAAAAAGUCUGUUGCCAAGAUAUGUGCUUCAAUAUGUAUGAAGUUGAACUAUCAAACAAACAAGGGGAAAAAAUAGAUAAAGUAACAGAAGUCAUUAAAAAUAAGCAACUGGCACUCAUCAAAUGCUUAGAAGAUCGUGAGGUUUUCAUUUUACUUACAUCAUCAGCCUUAAUAUCAGAAACAAAUUUUGGAGAUGAGCAGAUGGGUCUACAUGGAUUACAUUUAUUCCAUUCAUCCCUGUCAACAGGGCUGAAAGACUUGAAAGUUGAAGAUGACAUCUCAUUGAAGGUGGUACCUAUUUUACCUGCCCUUAAUUGUGCCCUGCUAGAAGCAAAGAAAUCAUUUACUGAAGAAGGAAUCUGUAUAAACACGUUAGUAAAGCAUAAUUUCCAAGAACUGUGCAAGAUGGAGAGAAGUCCAUUGAUGACUACUUCUCAGGAUAGAAUCAAAGAGACUGCAUCUUUUCGCAAACUGUCCAAUAGUUUUGAUUUGGUUCCUCCAGCAGAAAAGUGCCCUUUGCAGUAUUUAACUCAGCUGAAGUCUUAUUUUUCAGAUCCUAGAGGGUACAUUUUGGAAGUAUCUACAGCAUUAGAUUUGUUGGCAGAGCGUCCUCAGUCUCCUUGUAUUUCAGAUGGAAUUUGUGAUGCUGGAUUUUCUUUAGUUAUGACUCCAGAUUCUGAAUUUCUUGACUCAGAGGCAGAAGUACGAAGAGAAACUGAAACUAAAAAGAAUUCCGAAGAAAUGUUUAAAGCUAGGAAGAGAACUGUGGUUCCAUUAAAUCCAGCAUCAAAUCUAAGGGUUCAGCCUAAGAGAAAGGCCAGCAUGCCACUUGUGAUGCAGAGUAAAAGAGUGAACUUAUGCCGUCCCUUCCCCAAAAGAACUCCUGCUGGAACAGGCAAGGGUUCAGUCCCUCCAGCAACGCUCAAAUUAGUUAAAGGACAGUUUCCUCAGAAAAGAAAAAGAGGUGCUGAAGUGCUGACUGCACUGUUUGUACAGACAACCAAAUUGGAUAGGAAAAACCAAGAAGCUUCUAUUUCUAAAGAUGUUCCAGUUGCAACGAAUGCUAAAAGGGCAAGGAAACAAGAGAAACCUCCAGUCAAAACUGUUCCGAGGGCUAAGCCACCUAUGAAGAAAUCUCCACAAAAACAGAGGGUAAAUAUAGUAAAAGGCAAUCAGAAUCCCAGAAUCAGAAAGCAGCCACAACCUGCCAAGGGAGAAACUGCUUCACAGCUUCAAUCAAAAAUUUCAUCACACGGGCAAGAAGAUGUUACUAGUAUAAAUACACCUCAACCAGAAAAUAUUACAGUGGCUCAGAAAGCUCCAGUUGAGAACUCCAUUGUCAGUUGUGACUCCCAAGCCCUAAAUCUGUUAGCUGAUCUAGCAUUAAGCGCUGCUACCUCUACAACACCACCAUCUGAGCCCAGAAACCUUCCCUGCUCUUCUGGAUUGCCACAGAACGAUGUUUUGCUUUCUAAAGGACAUUCUGUGAGCAGUACAUCUGACCAUGAAUAUCAUAGAGGAGUUAGAAGUCUAAAAGGGGGACCGUUACCUCAGCCCUUCUCUGAUAGGAAGAGUAAUCUGAUGGCAGACUCCACUGUCAGCCAAGAUGAGGGUCCUGUCAAUCAGGACCCUGUUGAAGCCCAGUUGGCACUUCCUGAAGAGACACUAGAAACUUCUGAUGCAAGCCAAAGUUCUUUUGUUGCUGUGGAACAUUCCUAUGCCCUGCUCCUUGCAGAACAUUCAAAGAAGCUGCUACAGCAGAGAGGGGUACCCGGCCCUGCCUUCACCAAGAAUGGUACAAAAGGCCCUGAGGCAGGAACCCCAGUGGGAAAAGUAAUGCCAUUUCGCCACCAGCAGAACACCUCCCCUCUUCAAAAGCUUUCUGCGGACCCAGUACUGAAGCGCAGGAACAGAUUGCUGUCCUCCAGCUUGAGAGACUUCUACUGCUCUCAUACCGUGUUCCGUUGUGACGGCUCUUUCAAGGUCACUUUCAAAUGUGAAACAAACUAUGUAUUCAGCUUAGACAGCAAAUACACCAACAAUCCACUGGAGAAAACUGUGCUAAGAGCAUUACAUGGGCCCUGGAACACUGAUUUACCUGAUAAUGUGGAAGAAGUGAAGCUUUUACUUCAUAUGUGGGUAGCUCUGUUUUACAGCAAUCAGAACAAAGUCAUACGAUCAUCCCGAAAAGUAGUAGAACACAGCAACCCCGCCAAAUAUGUGUCUAUAAAUAGCACAAUAGAAUCUUUUGAAUUCAGUGAAAUUGAGGAGUCCCCCAGUGCGGAAAGGUGCUCUGUAGCCCCUUUAUUGGAGACAAAGAAAACUCCCAGAGGUCACAGUGCUGAAGUGUCUUUCCCUGACACUAACUCCUUGCUUCCUUUCAUUAAACCACCACCUGCAAGAGGCUUGGAACUCUGGGUACAGAAGGAACAGAAAGAAAUUUUUGCAAGAGAAGGUCAUCCAGAUACCCCAGAAAACCAGAAUUUUAUCUAUUCUUAUAAUAAUGAGAUAAUUGAGGAGAAAGCCAAACCAGAAUCAGCAAAUAAACUAGAGACUUCUAAUCUUGUGCAUUCUAGCAUUGGAGGUACCCAAACUAAUGGACCUUCUACUCCUGGUGAAGAGAAAACCUUUGAGCCACUUCAUAGCACAAGAGUGACUUCUUAUGAUACUCUCACGCAAACCACAUUCACCAAGACUUGUGAUGGGAUUAGCAAUCAGUCAGUGAUUUGUCAAAAACCGUCGUAUAGCACCCUAGAGAGCAAAGCUGAUAUUUUUCAUGCAGCAAUGCAAGCAAAAGCAAGUGGUUUACAGGCCCUUAUGCAGCAUAGCAGCCCCCAAACCAAAGGACGUCAACCUUCAUUGGAAAAGAAGGAUGAUAUGGGGUAUGUAAUGAUUAAUCUGGAACCAGUUACUCUCACUUUUGAAAAAGCCUGUAUACCAAUACAGACAGAAAUUGUAAAUAGAGCUGAUAAACCUGCAACGUUUAAUAUGGAGUUGAUAAAACAAGUAUCACCUGCUACAAGUCUUAGACUUCCUGUGUCCACUUUUGAAAAGGUACAAACACAAAGUCUUAAGGACAUUCUGUCUCUAGCGACAUUGGGAGAAAAAGACACUAAGUACCUUUUUGCUUCCUCGGUAAGUAGAGAGACACUAGCUGAUAACAAAACGUGUUCAUUACAGAAAGAUCCUGUUCCAGGCUCAUCAUCAUCACCUGAUAAUUCUUUGGAAAAGGAGGCAUUAUCAUUGGUUAAAAGUUCUAAUUAUCUAUUACCCAAAGAAGAAAUGAAACUCUCUCAAGAAUUUUUUCUGCAGCCUAAGAGUCUCUUAAACAUGCCUUCAGAAGAGAUUUUGGAGCCAUCACAAACUGAAGAAGAAGCCUCAUCAUCACCCUCUGCCACAUUGCAAAAAAAUUACUCACUUAACUGCAUUCCAUCAAGAAGUAAUACAUUAAGUGGCUCUGUAGAUUUAAAGAGUGACAGGAGCAGUCUAAAUGGUGAAAAUAGGAACUUUGAAUCUUUUAAUUCAACAUUUGCUAAACAAACCAGCCUAUCUGCAAAUGGAGAGGAUAUCAGUCUAGAGUUAGAGGAAGAUUCUGACAUUGACCUAACUCUCACAAUAUCACCACCUACAAGUCCCAGAGAAGAAACUCCAGCUGUUGAAACAGAGCAACAUCAGAAAGCCCCAUUAUCAAAUUUAGAACUCCAGGAUAUGGAUGAAGACAUAAUUGAGCCAGAAAAGGUGACUUUAAUAGAAAACAGAGAAGUGAAUUCUGCUAAAUAUACAUCAAUGCCUUGUACAAUGUCAGAGAAACCAUUAGAAAAGGAGAGAAAAGAUGAUAACUUAGAAGUGGUUACUUUAAUGCUUCCUAAAGAAACCUGUCCCCUUGAGCUCACAGAGGAAGUUAAUGUUACCUCAGACUUUCCCUUUAGUUCUUUAAUUGAGGAAGUAUCACCAGCUUCUAGUCCUGACCCCCAGGUACCAGUUGAAGAAAUAGAACCAUCUCGGGCUGUGUCUCCCUGUAUUUUAAAACAUCCUAAUAUACAGUGUGGGAAAAGUGAAAAAUUCUCUCAGAUUAAGUCAGUAGAUUUGGCCUUAAGAGAAAAAGAAAAUUCUUAUGUUGGUCCUAUCUAUCCAGUGGGACAAGAUAACUUAACUCGGAUACAACAAAUAAAACUUUCUGCUGAAAUGCCUCUAGUAUUAAGUAAUCAUCCAGGAAAAAAAGAUAGACAUUUAACCUUGCUGGGUAAAGUAACUGAGGAAAUUGUCCCAAAUGAGUAUAAGGGUUUCUCUUUCUCAGAAAAGGUGCCAUGCUGCCAUACAGAGUUAAACCAGCCUGCCUCAACUGCCACUUACAGAGCUGAUUUCAAGACUUCUCCAGAAAAAUUGGUAAUGUCAGGAAAUCCAUUACAGCCAAUUAGUUUAGAGAACAGAAAUUCGGACUUAAAUCACCUUGCCUUGGAGACCAGUGAGCUUCCAUUUAGUCCUAGAAAGAUUAUGGAAAGCAAGUCUUUGGUUGACACAUUUGUUUCAGCAAGUGUCCCAGGUGAUAUAGUGAAAAAUAUUAAUGAGAAUCUCUUUAGCAGUGAUUUCAAAACAAAUGAUGGUGAUUACAUGCAAGCCCAGUCCUUGAGCUCAGACUCAGUUGAUGAAGCUGAUAAUACACAGGUACAGAUGCACUCAGACAUCCCAAAACUUGCUUUUUCCUUAGGUGGCACUACUUUAACCCAUUGUACAAGACCCAUAAAUACAGAGGCAGGGUUUCAAACACAGGAAAUAUCAGUAGUCAGAAUGGCCAGUUUGCUUAAGAAUAGUGAUACUGAAGCUGAGUUACAUGAAAGAAACAUAGACCUAGGUUGUGUUGGCUCUAAUUCAAACCCCAUGUCUCCAAAAGGCAAGCAAAAAAACAUCCCUGUGCCACAAGAUACGUCAAUAUGCAAAACAAAAGAUCUGUUGAAUGGCAGGCUUUCCCCCAUGUAUUUAUAUGCUGGUUCCUACCAAAAUACAGCAGUCACCAGUGAAAAUGUCACUAAAGAGCCUUCUGCCUUUUUUGUUUCCAAAUCUUGUGCCCCUCUUGUUUGUGGUGACUCUGUCAGGGCCGAGGAGGACUCUGAAACCUUGGGUGGAGACAUGGAUAUUAGUGUGAAUUCUGACAUCCAUUAUGAACCACUUUCUGGAGACUCUGAUCAAGACUCAUUUGGUGAUUGUAGAAAUCUCAAAUUAGACAUGGAGGGUUCCUGUACUUUGCGAUGUAGUCACAAGAAAGGUGCUUCAAAAGAUGGUUAUGACUCUUUCUUGAGCCCAAACAAUAGUGAUAAUGAAGAUAGAGGCUACUCUAAUCGAGUUCCAGGGUUAGAGACCAGCAUACCUCCCCGAAAUUGGUCUGUUGGAUUAAAAAAUGAUAAGUGUGUGCCAUGUUACGUACAAAUCAGAGAUCUUCAUGGUAUCCCCAGGACUUAUGCAAACUUUACUAUAACUAAAGAGCUCAAAGAUACCAAGAGAACUUCGCACAGCUUGAGGAGGCACUCCAACUUUACUGCUAAACAUGGCUUGCUUAGCUCCUGGACAAAUACUUGGCAGGAGGCGGACGACCUUACACAGAACACUUUAGAUCUAGAAUAUCUGCGCUUUGAACAGAAACUGAAACAAGUUGUAAAGAGUGGGAAUUCUCAGCAUUCUGCCUUUUCCACCAACAUCUUUUUUAAGGAGCAACCCCUCCAAAUUGCUGCUGAAGCUUUCCCUUUGCCAAAAACAUCUGCGUCUCCAGUUCUCCAUCCUCCAUCCCGGAGCAGAAGUCCCCUCCUGAUAACAAUCAUACACUCAGAUGCCAAAGAACAGAGCCAGCACCUGAGAGGCCACAUGUAUAGAUAUUUGGACAGUUCUUCCUUUUGGGAGGGAAGGUGUGAUCACAGGAGAAAUCAUCUUACACAUUCUGAAAGAAAUCAGACUGUUCCCUUCCACCUCAACAAACUGAAAUAUAAUAGUACUUUGAAGGAAUCUCGGAAUGAUAUCUCCCUUAUUCUCAAAGAAUAUGCGGAAUUCAACAAAGUAAUGAUGAAUAGCAACCAAGUCGUUUUCAGAGAUAAAGAGUCAAAUGUUAGUUCUGGAGAAGCCACAUCUCAAGAGAUGUAUUCAUCUUUUCCAAGAAGGUCAGCCUCCUAUGAAGACAUGAUUACAGACUUGUGUACCAGUUUGCAUGUCAAACUAAAAAGUGUUGUGAAAGAGGCUUGCAAAAGCACCUUUCUUUUCUACCUCGUUGAGGCAGAAGACAAGUCAUUCUUUGUGAGAACAAAGAAUAUUCUGAGGAAAGGAGGCCACACGGAAAUUGAACCUCAACAUUUCUGUCAAGCUUUUCACAGAGAGAAUAUGCUAAUGGUCAUCAUCAGAAAUGAAGAUAUCUCAUCCCAUUUGCAUCAAAUUCCUUCUUUGCUGAAGCUGAAGCAUUUUCCCAGUGUCAUCUUUGCUGGAGUAGAUAGCCCUGAAGAUGUUCUCAAUUACACCUUCCAAGAGCUGUUUCGGACAGGAGGCUUUGUGGUAUCAGAUGACAGAAUAUUAGAAAUUUUAACAUUAGUUCAACUAAAGGAAAUUGUCAAAAUCCUGGAGAAACUAAAUGGAAAUGGAAGAUGGAAGUGGUUGCUUCACUACAGAGAAAGUAAAAAGCUAAAGGAAGAUGUGAGAGUGGAUUCAGUUGCACAUAAGAAGAACUUAAUAUUGAAGUCAUAUCAGAGUGCAAAUAUCAUUGAGUUGCUUCAUUAUCACCAGUGUGACUCUCGGUCAUCAGCAAAAGCAGAACAUUUAAAAUGUCUGCUAAACCUGCAAAUUCAGCAUAUCCAUGCCAGGUUUGCUGUCUUCCUAACAGAAAAACCUGCUGUCUCCAGAGAAGUCUUUGAAAAUAGUGGCAUCCUUGUAACAGAUGUAAAUAACUUUAUUGAAAACAUACAAAAAGUAGCAGCUCCAUUUAGGAGUAGCUAUUGGUAAGCACAUUUUUUCUGUAACUCUCCCAUGUCAGCUGGAGUUGAGGGCAGAUACUCUGACAUUUGUGUCUGUGAGGGAACCAGUUCAAAAACUGUUCUUUACCUUACAUGUUAUCAUGCUGUAAAUUAAAAGUAACUGUUUACUUAGGGGUGGAAGUUGUAUUUACUAAUGAAUGAAAUAACCAACGUCUUUGAAUUACCCAUUUUCUCUAUAAUGUACAUUUUCACUGCAGUUCAAUUCUGAUUGCCAAGACAGAUGAUGUAACUCACAACACACAAAUUUUUCCCCAUUAAGUAGCUUGCUAUUUAUAAACUAGUUGUUGGUUAUUUUAAGAUAGAAUUAUCAUCAAUUUUGAGUUUACCCAGAUUUAACUGCAGCUUGCCCAGACAUCAACGAUGCCAACAACAGAUUAGUAUUUUCCCUUUUGUCUGAAAAACUUUUUAAGACACACAUAAGGGUCUUCCCUUCUAAUUAUUGAAAAAAUCAAUGUUCUACAACUUAGGGAAAGUUUUCUGUCUUCUGUUUUGCUUUUUUGUAUUUUCUUAAAAUAGCUGACUUCAUUCACAGUGACACAGUAUUUGUCCACUAACUUUGGGUUGCGGUGUUAAAUAUUUUGUUUUAAAUUAUUUUAAUUUAAAGCUAUUAAUGAACUUAUUGUUAAAAAUAAUUUUGUAAACGUGUUUACUCAAUUGUAGCAGAAGUGAGUCUAUUUUAACCAAUAGCUUUGUUUUUGCAUGUUAAUGUCAGCAAGACAUAGGUGAGAUGCAUGUUAGUCUGUUUUAAAGGUUUUACCACCUUUGUAAAAACUACAGCUGUGUUUCAUUUGCUGUUACUCAAACACUACAUAAAGUUAACCUUUUUUCCAAAAUGGUACAAAUUUAUAAACUGUCAUUUUUCACUUACUCACUUUGUAAAUACUCAACUACAAGAUCAACUCUAAGAAGAAAUAAUCACUUAUUUAUGACAUUAGAAAUAAUUUCUACAGUUAUCUUUAAAUGAAAACCACGCAGAAAACAUUUGUAAGA